UCGUAUACGAAACUCAAAAACUCGGUCGACUUUUUCACGCUCAAAUUUUUUUUAUCGUCGCGGUAUAAAACAACUGUCCCCAUCAGCCCCCGUAAUCACCUUAUUUUCAAAUUUUCCAGUUUUCCCGCCCCUCCAGUCCCGCCAACCAAACAAUUAAAAACUGAUUCGCCGAUUGCAAUUGACAAUCGCAAACUGUAAAUUGAAAAUCCCCGAGUUUCAGCGCCAGUUCUAGAGUAGAAAAAGCUCCCGAUGCGAGCCCUCAACCGCGAGAGUUCAAACUGUUGGAAUUUAAAAAAAGGCGCGCACAGUGGAGAGGCGAUAUAAGUAACCAAGUGAAGUGCCAGUGCUUUGACGUUUAUUCAAUAGAAUAAAUUGAAGGGAGAUAAAUAGUCAGGGGGAAGGGAGUUUAAAAGUUUUCGUCGAGUGGUACUCCUUUCCCCUCACGUCCCCCCCACCGUUGGGCCGGUGGUGCGCGCCCUUGAGUGUUUUAUUGCAUAAACUAUGAUCCUGUGAUUCGACGUGUUUAUACAAAACCCGUUUACACGGUAGUCCAGAGGUGCACCGACAGGCGGUUGCACCGUUGCUCAUAUAGCGAAAUAAAUAAUAAAAAUAAAUAAAUAAACAGGAGGAGAAAUCAUGAAAAGCACCGCGAGACGCCGGAACUCGCGAUCCCUUGAUCUAUCGCUUCUCAUUCUUGCUGUUGCAACCGGCGUCAAUGGACUGGAGAAUGUGUCUCACAAUAUUCCCGAGGCCGUCGCCAUCGGCUCAACCGUCAACCUCACCUGCCGAUACGACCUACAGAAUGAUAUACUCUACGCCGUUAAAUGGUACAAGAGCGGCUCCGAGUUCUACAGAUAUAUACCCAAGGAAGGGCCGCCAAUAUCAGUUUUUGGGAAUUUUUCACACAAGAUAAAUACUGUCCUGAGCGAUGCUCACAGAGUGGUGCUCAAUGAUGUGACGCCGGAUUUGGAGGGCAGGUACAGGUGCGAGGUCAGCACGGAUCUUCCUGAUUUUCAUACGUUGCUUACGUCUGGAUACAUGCAUGUUGUCGGUUUACCCGAGGGCAUACCCGAGAUACUCGUUGAGAAGCAGAGAUACGCGAUUGGUGAAACUGUCAAAGCCAACUGCACUGUGCCACCCAGCAAUCCGGCAGCUAAUGUCAGUUGGAGCAUCAAUGAAAUUUCGCUCAACUCUACUCAUCACAGGAAUAUAGCGGAGAGAAUGGACAAUCGAUCUCGCGCAUAUGCUGAGCUGGAUUUCGAGAUAACUCAGGACAGUUUUAGAAAUGGUAGACUACAAAUCACUUGUCAUGCUAAUGUCUUCCAGCUUUACAAGAUGAAUGUCACGGCGCUUAUUGAUGAGGAACGACCGAGACUCGCUUCAGUAUUGGGGACUCGUGAUUCGCCUCAUACUGGUAGUGGUGUAGCAAAAUUGACGAUUGCUCAUUGGAUAAUUCUCCUAGUAUCCGUCAGCUCAAUCCUGCAAUGUACGAGAUAACACCAAUCUGCAGAGAGUUUGAAUUAAAAUACUUUUGCGCGUAGAGAGAGCGAGAGAGAAGAUAUUUAAAGAGUGUAAAAUCCCUCGAGGACUGAGUGAGAGUAUCAUUGUUGGAUGAAUUUCAAGUGACACCAAAAUCAAUGUUUUUUGUGUCAGUGAGGGAGGAGAUCACCGAGAGACAAGGGAAAUCAUUGAAGCGAAAAAUCCAAAAAUAUCCCCAAAUUACCCUCAGAAUUUAACGACUCCUUUUCCUCAAGAAAAACAAACCUUAAGAAUAAGAAAUUUGAAAAAGAAAAACUGAGAAUUCAAAAUCGAGUAAGACUUUCAACGAGCAUAUGUUAUUCGUGUAAAUAGAAGAAAUAUGUAAUAAUUAUAGCGAUAUUAUGUUGGCAUAUAUAAGGGACAAGAUUGCUCCCUCGAGCAAGGGGUUGUAAUCUAAGGGAAUGAUGAAAAACUCAUAAUGUCAUUGUGUUAGAUCAUCGAUAUUAACAAUCAAGUAUCGACGAACUAUAUAUAAAUACAAAAAAAACAAAAUGGAUAAAGAAAUAACGAAUAUUAUACGGUGUUUUCUAUCCUGUGACGAUUAUUUUGAUACCUCCAACAAAAAACCAUGAAUAGUUAAAAAAAAUUAACAUCAGAUGGAAAAAUACGUCCUGUCCAGUUUAUAGAAUGCUCUUAUUGUUUCAUGGAGUUGUUUCAGUUUAAGA